AUGGCCGUCGUUCGCGCGGUCUUAGUGUUACUAGCGUCCACUGCACACGCGUGGAUGCCUGACGCCAAUGCUAGAAUCCAUGUAAAAUUUGGUGAUGAUACUACAGAACAGUUUGUGGGCAACACAACGGGACCAAACUACUUUCGUAUUUUAGACAAAGAUGACUUCUCAAUUUUAGUUGGCGGCAGGAGUACUGUCUACAACCUGAGCCUUUAUGAUUUAUCAGAAAAUGUUGAACAGCGUUUAGAGUGGCAAUCAACAGACGCACACAGAGAACUAUGCCAGGUAAAAGGCAAGUCAGCUGACGACUGUCAAAACUACCUUCGAGUCGCUACGCGGGCUCAUGGUCGUCUACUGGUAUGCGGCACGAACGCCUUCAAGCCCAUGUGUCGGCGAUACAACCGACACAUGCCGAACCAUCAUUUAGAAGAAUUCGACGGGACUGGAAGAUGUCCGUACAGCCCACAACAUAACUCUACCGCUAUAUUUACAGAUGGCCAUCUAUAUACGGCAACGGCAGCAGAUUUCUCCGGUUCCGAACCAUUAAUAUACAGAGAGCCAGUACGAACUGAACACUCAGAUUUGCGAUUACUAAAUGAUCCUUCAUUUGUCGGGGCAGUCGCCUCUACGAGCCACGUUUAUUUCUUUUAUCGUGAAACUGCUGUAGAGUACAUGAACUGUGGGAAGGCUGUAUAUUCAAGAGUUGCCAGAGUUUGUUUAAACGAUAAAGGCGGGCCGCACCCUUUCAACGAUAGAUGGACUUCAUUUCUCAAAGCUCGUCUUAACUGCUCGAUACCUGGGGAAUACCCGUUUUAUUUCGAUGAAAUUCAAGCAACGACCGAAAUUAUAAACGGUGUAUACGGAAGCGGUGACAAGAACGACAUUGUUUACGCAGUAUUUACGACGCCACAAAACGCUAUAGGCGGGUCCGCAGUAUGCGCCUUCUCUAUGAGAGACAUUCUGGACGCCUUCGAAGGUUCAUUCAAAGGGCAAAAAAAUAUGAACUCUAACUGGCUGUCAUUACCCAAAGAAAAGAUUCCACAGCCACAACCCGGCUCAUGCGUUGAAGACAGUCGAACUCUUUCUGAUUCGGCUAUCAAUUUUAUCAAAACACAUCCACUUAUGGACAGAGCGGUGCCGUCGUUUUUGGCACGACCUAUAUUGAUACGAGUCAGCUUACAAUACAGGUUUUCCGCUAUAGCUGUACACCCACAAGUGCAAGCAAUGAACGGUAACAAGUAUGACGUUAUGUUUGUCGGAACAGAUGACGGUAGAGUCAUAAAAGCAGUAAACGUUGCUUCAAAUGAAGGAGAUUUCGAUUCAAGUAUGGAUGAAUACAGCAGAAGCCCCGUGAGGACGGCUAUUAUAUCUGAAGUCCAGGUCCUUCCGCCCGGAGUUCCUAUAAAACAAAUGCAUGUUGCUCUCACUACUGAGAAAUUAAUUGUGGCAUCCGGCGAUAUGAUAAAAGCAGUCACAUUGUCACAUUGUUCGAACGUUCAAUCGUGCAGAGAUUGCGUUGCACUUCAAGACCCGCACUGUGCGUGGGAUUCUAAACAGCAACAAUGCUCUUGGGUUGGCAAUAGGCAGUUCCCAAAUCCUGAAAGGUUCCUACAAAAUAUAGAAAAUGGAAAGACUGAAAUCUGUAGCAAACAGCCUGCUCUUGGAGAUAGAAGCAGAAGCCAAGCCACAAAGAAACCUCAAUCAGAAACAAAUCAACCUACUAAUGAUAUUCAGAACGAAAUUGUAAUAGAAGUUGUCGAAACGAACGUUCUGAGUGAAGACAAAAGUGUUAACAACAAUAAACACGAAACAGAUCAUUUAACAGUAGAAGCAGCAGACGGCAACAUUUACACCGCGCAAGCUCUACUAACCGCUGUAGUAGCGUCAUGUUUGGUGACGUUGAUGGUUGGAUUUGUCAUCGGAUAUCUAUUCUCGCGUCGAUUUCGACACCCUUUUUUUACGGAUACUUCUCCGUUCAAUGAACAACACAACCACUUAAAUAGGCUUAGCCCAUUAGAGACACCUUUGAAUGUCAACUCUGGAUACAACAUGCCGCCACGAUCAAAGAACGUCAAUAUGGUGGCUAACGUUGGUCCACUCGUGAAGCAAGACAACUUGCAUUUAGAACUGGGCAAGGAUCGAACACUCGAUUUAAGAAACUCCACUGAAUCCCUCGAUAAAGACAUUAAGUGUGGAACCUUGCAGAAAGUGAAAAAAACUUAUAUA